AUGACUCCUAACAAAUCUAAAAAAUCAUAUGUCCAUGAUACCAUAGUUGAUCCAGUUACAGCUUUACCCCCAACACGAUAUGCAUUAAAUGAGCCAUCAUUCAAGUAUUACCGCAAUGAAAUCAUGAUGGCAAAUCCAAAGGCUUUAAGAUGGAUCGAUAAUAUCCCCCCAGAACAAUGGACUAUGGCUUAUUCUCAAGGUCGACGAUGGGGACACAUGACAACAAACAUUUUCGAGUCCGUCAACGCAGUGCUCAAGGGUACACGCAAUCUCCCAAUCAUUGCUUUGGUACAAUCAAACUAUAGAUUGAGAGUUUUAUAUGCAGAAAGGGGACAACAACAUCAGGCAUCAUUAGCUUCUGGUCGAGUAUACACAGACGAUUGCAUGGACAAGAUUAAAUGUGAAGUUGGUAAAUCUAAUACUCACCAAGUCAUGCAAUUCGACCGAAAUCAUUAUUCUUUCAUGGUGAAUGAAACAGUAAACCCAAGAGAGGUGCGACCAAUUGGUCAUUUUGAAGUCAACCUUCAAAGAAAAUGGUGUGAUUGUGGAAAAUUUCAAGCUAUACAUGUUCCUUGUUCACAUGUCAUAGCUGCAUGUUCUUAUGCUCGUCAAAACUAUUUAGUGCUUAUAUCUGACGUGUACAAGGUUGUUAAUGUAUUUAACAUCUACAAAGAAGAGUUUCCACCUAUACCUAAUGAAGGAUAUUGGCCCACAUAUGAAGGUGAAACAUUGUAUCACAAUCCUCAAAUGCGGAGAAUUAAAAAAGGUCGUCCAAAUAGUACCCGUAUUAGAACUGAAAUGCACGUUAAAGAAAAAGUACCGAGAAAAUGUGGAUUAUGUCGAUUAACUGGCCAUACUCGAAAACAUUGUCCAAAUGUUACAGCCAGCUCUAGUUAA